AUGCUUGUCAGUGUGCUGCUGUUGGAUGAAUUCCUUUUUAAGGUUUACGGGUUCUAUGAUGAGUGCCUGCGCAAGUAUGGUAAUUCGAAUGUAUGGAAAUACUUCACCGAUCUUUUUGACUGCUUUCCCCUGACCGCUCUUGUGGAUGGUCAAAUAUUUUGCCUUCAUGGUGGCUUAUCUCCGUCGAUUGACACCCUCGAUCAUAUAAGAGCUCUUGAUCGUAUCCAAGAAGUGAGUUUAGUUUGUAUUCCGAUAUUUCUGCAAUCUGUCUUUCCAAUCACAAUCAAGGCAUCUAAAAGCUAUCAGCUAGAAGAACUUGCAUUUUGGGCUACUGAAUUAGAGAUCUCAAAAAGGAAUUGGUUGUUAUAUUCAGUUGAUGGAGCCAUUCCAGCUUCGGUCCCGCAUGAAGGUCCUAUGUGUGAUCUCCUCUGGUCUGACCCUGACGAUCGUGGAGGUUGGGGUAUCUCUCCUCGUGGUGCCGGAUACACUUUUGGACAAGACAUAUCAGAGACGUUCAACCAUUCAAACGGUCUCACUCUCAUUUCUCGUGCGCAUCAGCUUGUCAUGGAGGGUUACAACUGGUGUCAUGAUCGUAACGUUGUGACAGUGUUUUCCGCACCGAACUACUGCUAUCGAUGCGGAAAUCAGGCCGCUAUGGUUGAAUUGGACGAUGAAUUGAAAUACUCAUUCCUGCAAUUUGAUCCUGCUCCAAGACGAGGUGAACCCCACGUAACUCGAAGAACUCCGGACUACUUCCUGUAA